UCUGUCAGAAUGACAAUAGGAACUUCGAUCAAAUAAAACAUAAACACAGCUACAGGUAGAAUUUCCCAGUUUUCUUCAAGUUUCCUUCUAGUUAUUAAAAAAAUGGCUUCUGAUGAUCCUUACGCAAAUGUUCGGGAAGGUAAAUUAAAAUUGAAACGUGAUGAUGGGAUUAAAAAAAAGAAAAAAGCUAAAAGUAAGAAGUUAUCUGAAGAACAAAUGCAGAACCUUCUAGAAGAUGGUAUUGAGAAGAAACCCGAAUUGUCGUCAAAACAGAAAAGAACCAAAGCAGAGUUGGCAUUUUUAGAACAAAAAGAAAAAAAUCAAGCAAAGAGAAUACUGGAAAAGGCAACCAUGACGCACAAAGAAAGGGUGGAGAAAUUUAACCAGCAUUUAGACAGUCUGACAGAACACUUUGAUAUUCCUAAGGUUUCAUGGACGAAGUAAAAACUACAUUGUUCACUUUUAUUAAUUAUAUUAGGUGAUUUGUAUUAGGAUACGAAACACUGUGUUACGCAGUUGUAUAUAACGGAAGUUUUACUUCAGUUUUUGAAUUAUAUUUUAUUUAAUUUUUAAUGUUGAGAAUAAAAUCACAAGACAAACA